AUGACAAGUGAGUUAGCUGAGAACUUCAGCUCUAACUGCAGCCACAAACUGACCGCCUCUGUGGUCCUGUGCCUCCAGCAGCGCCCCCUCCCAGCAGCCUCCGAUGCUGAACUCCUGACCUCGGUUUGUGGCAGACCGCGCUGCAUCGCUUCCACGACUCGCAGUGUCCGGAGCGAGAUGAGUCCCAUGUCAUCUGCUGCAGGCAGAGCUGUUUUGCUGAGGAUGAGGGGAGGGAUCUGUUCGGUGCCUCUCCUAGUGAUAGUAGGUAUGACUUUGCUCGGUGGCUUCGGAUGUUUUGCUCGAAACAAGUCUGUGGACACAAAAGAAAUGCAAAGGCCCAAACCGCCACACCUCAUCUUUGUCAUGGUGGACGACCAGGGAUAUGGAGACAUCGGCUACCACGGCUCAGACAUCCACACACCUGCGUUGGACCAGCUGGCAGCAGAAGGGGUCAAAUUGGAAAAUUAUUACGUCCAGCCAAUCUGCUCGCCCUCCCGCAGUCAACUCAUGACAGGCCGUUACCAAAUUCACACUGGACUUCAACAUUCCAUCAUUCGACCACGACAGCCCCUCUGCCUGCCUCCAGACCUGCCCACCCUGCCAGAGCGCCUGGUGGAAGCUGGAUAUGCCACGCACAUGGUGGGGAAGUGGCACCUGGGCUUCUGCAGGCCGGGCUGCCUCCCCACAGGAAGGGGCUUUCAGAGUUUCCUGGGGACGCUCACCGGCAGUGGAGACCACUUCUCUUAUCAGAGCUGCGACGGGGCUGAAGCCUGUGGUUUUGACCUGCAUGACGGAGACAGGCCUGCGUGGGAGAUGAGCGGGAACUACUCCACGCUGCUCUACAUCGAGAGAGUGAAGCAAAUCCUGAGGAGCCACGACCCCCGAACACCACUCUUUCUCUAUCUGUCCCUCCAGGCAGCACACACACCCUUACAGGCGCCCGAUCAUUUUCUGCACCACUAUGAUUCCCAGAGCAAUCGUCUGCGGCGGCACUACGCAGCCAUGGUGAGCUGCCUGGAUGACGGGAUCUCGCAGGUGGUCCAGGAGCUGAAGACUCGCGGCCUCUAUCAGAACUCAGUGCUGGUCUACUCAUCUGACAAUGGAGGGCAGCCGCUGUCUGGAGGGAGCAACUGGCCCCUGAGAGGUGGAAAAGGGACUUACUGGGAAGGGGGAAUCCGGGCCGUGGGUUUUGUGCACAGCCCCCUCCUGAAGAGAAAGGGUGUCGUCAGCAAAGCUCUGAUGCACGUCUCCGACUGGUAUCCCACUUUACUGGGUCUUGCUGGAUCGCGAGGGUCUCUCCAUGGCCUGGAUGGCCACAAUGUGUGGAGGAGCAUCAGCGAGGGGCGACCAAGUCCCCGCACUGAAAUCCUCUUCAACAUUGACCCAGUCUCCAGGAAGCCCGGGGAGCCAUAUGACAAGGCACUCAUCCUCAACGGCUUUGGGAUCUGGGACACAGCCGUCAGGGCGGCCAUCAGAGCCGGCGACUGGAAGCUACUGACUGGAAACGUGGGUGACGGGGACUGGAUACCACCUCAGGCUCUUCCCGACGGUCCCGAGCGGUGGCAGAAGCUCGAGAAGCAGCGCAACGCUCCGGGGAAGUCAGUGUGGCUGUUCAACGUCACCGCCGACCCGUACGAGAGGUUCGACCUCGCCGAGGCUCGUCCACAUGUGGUGAAACAUUUGCUCACCAGGCUGGCAGAGUACAACCAGACAGCUGUGAUGACCAAGAAUCCUCCAGAUGAUCCCAUGGCCGAUCCAGAACUGCAUGGCGGAGUGUGGAGUCCGUGGCUGGGCCCGGACGGGCAGGAGCAGGAUGGCAGGAAAGAACGGAUGAUGAAGAUCAAACACUGCAAAUUAUGCAAACUGAAAGCCCUCUUCAAGAAGGUGGGAUCUCGUCUGCAGAGAAACACCUUAUUCUAA